AUGUGCACCCGCAAAUUGCUCCCGAUAGGGAAUUCUUUGUUGUCAGGAAGGGCCUUUCAGCCAACUAAUAAGGCGUCAAUCACAUUCAUGACAUACAACAUCUUAUCGCCUCACUACAUGUGGCCCCAGGUGUAUACAUAUGUCCCUGAAAAAUACAAGGAUUGGUCCUAUCGUCAUAAGCUGUUGGAAAGGGAGUUGCUGAAUUUAUAUCGAGCGGAUAUAAUGUGCGUGCAAGAACUGACGGGGAAGGAUUAUGAGAAUUUCUGGAAGCCCCGUUUUCAGCGAAAAUUGAAUUACGGUAGCAGCUUCAUAGCGAAAACGCCGCCCAAAUAUUGGACUCGAUCGCAAGAUGAGAUGGAUGGUGUUGGUAUAUUCUACAAUUUGGCCAAAUUUGAGCAUAUCUCGACGGCGAGCAUUUAUCUGAACGACUUGGUAGGACUUUUCAACCUGAGUGAGCUAAAUUACUUGAAAACUACCCAGAUAACGCUCACUGAUGGCGCCGGGGAAGUGGUCGGUAAAGACAGUUUGUUAAACGUGCUGCAUGGCAGAAAUCAGGUGAGUCUGUUUGUCUCGUUAAUGCACAAGGAGUCCCGUACUUUGUUUGUGGUUAUCAAUACACACCUGUACUGGAAAUACGACGAGGUUAAACUUUGUCAAUGCCUCACAAUCAUGCGUAAAUUGCAUAGGGUGAUAAAACAGCUGCUCAUGGGUAGAGAGGGGGCUACGUACUCUCGCGUCAAGAUUCUGUUCGCGGGCGAUCUAAACUCACCGCCGGACUCACCCGUAAUCAAAUUUCUAAAAGGAGAAGGCGUCCAGCGCUCAAACCUCAGUCUCAUCAACCCGCUGCGACCUUAUUUGAAUCACUACAUCUACCAGGACACAUCCGCUCAAUUAUUCCAACAUACGUGCUACUCAGGGAAGCUGAAGGGUAUUUUUGACUACAUAUGGUACCAUGACUGCGAUUUCCGCCUGAAAAAGAUCCUCAGCGGUACCGAAGUAUCACAGGAAUUAGAACUGCUCAAAGAGUUUGGCCUUCCCAACAAGGAUCAUCCUAGCGAUCACAUUCCAGUGCUCACCGAACUUGAAAUUUUGGAGUAG